CUUAGAGACACAAAAACUUCUCAACAAUGUGCCUUACUGAUUAUGACUUGAUGAUAAUUUUCUAUCCAUUUUCCCCCCCAUAUCAACCAUCCAUUUGUUUUUUCCAUUAGGUCUUCCUCAGGCCAAGUUGAGAGCGUCUGCUUCAGUUAUUGUGGAAACAGACACAGUUGAGCUGAGCUGUGAGGAUACUGAAGAUCUGAAGAUGGAGAAGUGUGUUUUAUCAUAAAUGGAAGAGAAAGUAACUCAAAACUGAGCUCAUCAUGUCAGCUCUCACUCACUGGAUCUCAGAUCAGUAUUUGGUCUGGAGGUCAGAGUUCAUCUGUGAGAAUAACCUGCUUCUACACUGUGAAGAAGGGACAAGUGUCUGUACCAUCUCCUCACUCUGAUCCAGUGACAGUAACAGUCCAGGUUUCAACAUCAACCACCACUGAACAAACUACUACAACAGCCAUGAAAACCAUAGACCUUCAUUACAAUACAAACAUACCAACCAACACAGCAAAGGAAACAAUGUUUUCAACAGCAACAACCACUCAAAAACUUCACAAAUGGACACAAUCAUUUCUACAUUUGAAACCCCAGUGUACCGCAGAACAGACUUUUCUAGUGUUUCAGUGGCUCUUAUUGAAGGUCCACCAACACUACAAUACAAAGAUAUAUGGUUUAUAGUGCUGGUUUUCACUGGUGUUGCUGUAAUUUUGUCUGGACUCGUGGGACUCAUCUGUCUGUGCCGGUUUGCAAGUAAAAAAAUAAGAAAACGCAACAAAACGAUGUCAGUAAAACCUGAUGUGGCAAGUCAAGGAAUUGGUAUGACUUGUUCUGGAUCUGCAGAGACAUAUUCUCUGAUCACUUCUGUACCAGCCACAUCUCAGCCAAUAUUUGCAGAUGUUUUGGUCCAUAAACAACAGAAACAGGGAAAUCUGGAGGAAAAUGAGAAUGUUUAUCAUCUGUACUGUACAAUUCCUGACAAACCAGUUCACUCAGAUGCAGGAGGUCAAGCCUACAGUUUGGUGAAGAUGCACUGAUAAAUCUCAUGUCUGUGUUCAUUAUGUACAGCUACUGUAAAUAAAGUAUCAUUACCUGCAGACAAGUAGGUGUUUAUUUUCAUCAUUUAGUGUUUGGUGUGGAAUAUACUGUGACCUGUGGCAAGGCCCACUAGUCCAAUACCACCUUUAAGAAAAGCUAAUUGAGCAUUCAAUAAAGGCUGGACUUUCUGAACAAAUCGUAAAUCUUUUGAACUAUUUAUUUCCUCCUUACUAUUCUGUAUUACUCCAGAUAUCUAUGAUUUGGCUAUCAGUUCUUUAUCGGUAUCAGUGGUUGCAUGAAGAACCUUUAAUGGAACCUGUCCAUUGCACAGAAGGUUCUUUAUAGUAGAAAAAGUUUCUUUCGAUUUUUAAAAUGUUGUUUACACAAAGAAAAAAAAUGGUUUACUGAAAUGUUCUUUGGGGAAUCAAAAAUGUUUUUUCUAAAACUCUCUUUUGAAACCUUUAUUUUUAGGAGUGUAGCAAACUGACUCUCGGUUGGAUGACAAAACAAAAUCACAAAGUGUCCUUUUCAUGAUUUCAUGUUAGUUACGUAAGUUAGGUAAUUUAAAUGUAUUUUCUAAUGUGGCACCUUUAGCCUGUGUUACUGUAAUUAUUUCAGGGUGAUUUGAAACAUGUAUCUUGCAUUGUUUGCUAUUAAAUGAUCUGACUGGUAAAAGUACUAAACUGAAAGAUGAUGCUGUUGUGUUUCUGUGAUUAAACCAAAUGUUCUCGACAUAUUACAACAAUCUUGUUUGUGAUCAGUAUGUAUUUUUGUACUAUGAGUUCUGAAAAUGUACAUCUUACUUGUGAAAACAGUGAGGGGAAAAACAACAACUGUAACUUGAUUCCUAUAAGCUGAUGAAGCCAAUUUGAGGUCCUAGAAAUAGACUUAGUUGUGUAAACACCUUAUUUAUAAUAUACACUGUAAUAUUUAUUUACAUCUGCACAUGUUCAUAUGAAAGAAAGUUUGGGUGUUACUUGAUAUAGAUGAUUGAGAAAAGCUAUCAAAAAAAAGUGGUUUACUGCUUUUUAUGCAAUAGUGAAUCAAGACAGCGAUUAAACGA